GAGAAAGGCUUGAUGCUUGAAAAUCACGGAAAAGAACGGAGUGGCAGAGUUCAAAGAAUAGUUACAAUUACCGUUGUUUUACAUCUCCGUACCUCAGAAGGGCAACUUAGCGAACGAACUACAUUGUAGGGAAGUGAUUCGAAUCCUAUUGGAGCAAGAAGGUACGCAACGAGAAAGGUUUUGUUCUGGUUUCUGGUCGCAGCAAAAUUCUGUGUUUCCCGAUCCUGUUGUGCUCUGGCGAGACGCCGACGGGAAGCAGUGGACCGUCGAUCAACGAAAGCCAAAUCUCAAGAGUUCACCGCCCAACAAGCAACAGCACAAUGCCGGAAAGUGGUCCCGUCUAUCAACCGACGACGGUUUCGUACGAAACACGAACGAGUGCCGGCGGUUUGCUUGCCCAAACGACGGCUGCCUCGUCAAUGAAGAUGCUCCGUAAACCAACCGCUCAAAUGACAAUUCUGGUCCUAGGAUUGAUAACCUUCGCUAUCGGAAUGGCAUUAAUUGCUAGCGGCUCGGCAGAUUACUCGGACGCUGAACAGUACCCGGAAAUCAAUCCGGAUGGCAAAGCGCAGGAGGAACGAAUUGAUAUUAGUCUUAUCGUAGUCGGCGCGAUCUUGACUCUGCUUGCGCUGUUCCUGCUAGGGCUGUACUUGAAGGUAGCCGAUUGGCGACGCAAUUGCGUCUGUCCCUGUGCGCUUUCCAAGAAGCAAGGCUUAGCACGACAGCUUCAGGGUACGGCUAGUGGUCAAAUACUAGCCCUUAACCCGAGCACGGAUCCACUCGUGUCACAUACGCAGUACGCACCGGUUUCAGAAAUUCCAACACGCCAGGACGAUGAAGAGCGACGAAACCUGAUGCCGGAUAGCAAAGAUUCGUGCCUUAGUAGUGCAGAGGAGUCGGAUAGGAUGCUGGAUACCGAUCCAAGAAUUGUGCUGCGACCGAUAGGUGGCGGGACUGCUGGAGAGGAAGCUUAAGCUGACAAGAAACAAAAAAAUCUGCUCUCGUGUCUAGUGACUUGUGACAGGCGAAAUCACAUCACCCUCCUAAUGGUAAAUAGUUUAAGUUGUGACACUGGCACUGGUUCUUAAUUUCCCUAAGUUUCGACCUUCACCUUUACUGUAUUAAUGUCGAAGCAUUCCAUGUUGUAUGGAACUGUUGUCCUUUGGUCUGUUGAUUCCAAUAUUUUCUUUGCAUAUUGCUAACCGAAAUAUGUUAUUCAUUCUGCUUAACACGCGGGUCGAAUAGCACUAACUCUAGGAUUAUUUCUUGCUCGAAAGGAAUCGAAUCAAGGUACGUCGCAUUUAGGCAUUUAAUAUGCAGCUAUGUUUCGUUGAAUCUCCUAAUGUUGCAGAGGCAACACUUGAAUUCUGGAUAGAAUAAAUUAUUAUGGAAAUGAUAGGCUGACGAAAGGAAGAAAUAAAUAAGGAAAGCUUACAAAAUUCGUCGUUACAAACCAUUAACAGACUAAAAUGACGAGAAAACAACAUCAUUGCGUGGCCAACUGAAUUUCAAACAAAGCGUGAGAAAGAUUAGGAAAUUACUAAUCAUCGGUGGGACAAUGAGUAUAGCAUUCACCACACUUGACCUGCUAGAGGCGAUUACACUUAUGUUUUUUUAUUGCUUGCACGGCGAAGCCUGACAUGAUCCAGGAAAACAAAUGGGGCCGUCCAGAAUUAACAAACCAUAAAUAAUUGUAAGAAAAACAUCCAUGAAAUAAAACCCAUAGAUCCAUUGUACAUUGGAUCUAGAAAAUGAA